GGUUCCAGUUGCAGCGAAGGCGGGAGGAACGGGGACGGGGUCUAUGUUUUCGGAGAUGCGCGGCUGGCUAACGAAGGGCAUUUAAGAUAUGUCUAUUUUUUAAAGUCUUUUACAAAUCUCAGGCGAACGUGCGCUGCUCAGAAAUGACGUCCGGGACCACGUGUGCAUUUUGGCAGUGCCCGCAGGACCUAUCUAAGUUACUCACAGAAGACAAUGCUGGAAAUAAUUAGAUUAAGGCCAAUUAUGCGUGAGAUUAUAAAGGCAGCGCUGGCGCAGAUAGAUAGAGGCAUCUGGUCAGUUACAGAGUGAGGACUGGCCCAGCUCGAGUCGCCGCCUCCGCCCUCAGUCAUCGCCUUCGCUCCGACCCAGAUACUAAACCACUCUGCCCGGCGCGCUGUUGUCCCACGAUGUUUUAUUUCCACUGUCCGCCGCAGUUAGACGGGGAGUGUUGUCGAACUAAUUCCUUGAGUUCCAACAGUUUUGGGGGCCACAGCGCGGGUGAUUUCGAUGACGGGUUCCUCCGGAGAAAGCAGCGCCGGAACAGGACGACGUUCACCCUGCAGCAGCUAGAAGCGCUGGAAGCCGUGUUCGCUCAGACUCACUACCCCGACGUGUUCACCAGGGAGGAACUCGCAAUGAAGAUCAACCUGACCGAAGCCAGAGUCCAGGUGUGGUUCCAGAACCGGAGGGCCAAAUGGCGGAAAACGGAGAGAGGGAGCGCGGAGCAGGAGACGGGCAAGGAGGCCGUGGGACAGGGGUCGCCGCCCAUGAGGAACCUCAGCUCUCCGUCGCAAAUGGAUCAAAGCAGGAAUAAGAAAGACGCGCUGGAAAUGCCACAGAACCUCAACAGGGCCGUGGGAUCAGCGGGACCUUUCUUCCCUUCCUGCCUGCCCAGCACACUCCUCAACACCGCUACGUACGCACAGGCUUUAACACAAGUGGCAACGUUGAAAGGAAACUCCCUGUGCUCCUGCUGUGUGCCGGAUCCGAUGGGUAUGUCCUUUUUGCCACUAUACGGAUGCCAGAAUAAUCGGACGGCCAGCGUGGCGGCUCUGCGGAUGAAAGCGCGUGAACACUCUGAGGCCGUUCUCCAGUCUGCCAACCUGCUGCCAGCGCCCACCAGCAGCCCCGCGGUUGGAACAAAGGCUCCCUUGGACACAGACCAGGAGAAGGCAAGCCACGCCAAAGAGAAGCUUGAGGGCGAAAGGAAUCUAUGAGCAGAAGAACCCAACCCUGAUUGUAGAGACAACACUUGAGAUCACUUUAUGACUUCCUUGAGAAUAUCCUCAGAGCUCUGACAUGCCGGGUCCACACUCUGAUCACACAUGACUCUAUCUGUAUAAAAGCUAAGAUGUUCCAACCUGAGUCAAAGCCAAAAGAUGUAAAUAGAUGGAUUCUGGAUUUUUGCAGCAAAAAUAAUUGCCUGCCUUUGUUUCUUAUAACCGUGUUCAUCCCACUCAUGGAUUUAAUGGGAAGGCAGACACGUGCUAGAAUUGGCAUGGUUGGGAUGAAGGUCAGAGAGAACCUCCUCAGAACACAUGCAAUGUUAACUAUUCUCAGCUCACCAUGCAGGGUGGAAAUUGCAGUAAAAAGCAGGUAAGCAUUUGUAGACCAAAUGUGAAAGCAUUCAGUAACUGCAGCUUUCUAAUACGUGUGCUGACACAAGUCCGUUGCUCUGCAAGAAGUGACUUUUAGUCCGCAAUAAAGCUCCACGCUUUGAGGUUACUGGUGUAGUAGAUUUCUAUUAAGUGGAUAAACCGUUAACAGGAAUUCAUUUAAAAUAUUAAUAGCACAAUUUCUGGUAUAGGAUAUUCUGCUGCAACAGGAUUUAUGAUUUUAAUUUAUGCUGUUAAUUUUAACUUGGAGUUCUGAUGAAAUAUGAAUGUUGUAAGUGACUGAGAACAUGUAUUGUGGAUUGUAAAUACCAUUCAAAUGUGUGAUUUUUAGGAAGAAGAGAAACUGCAUUUAGUUAAUGGGAAACACAUGUGAUCGAGCAAAAUGUAAAAAAAAACCGACAUUGAGAAAAAUAUCUUCAUUAUUGCUGCUUUAUUUUCAAAAUAAUUCAUAAAUGUCGUGUUUUACUAAGAACAAUGGUCUGAUCUGUAAAUUCUGGAGCAAUAUGCCACAGUGAUUUUAUUUAAAUAGCCGCUGCCUGAGAUUAAUUGUCACAUCCAGGGAUAAACAAUGCAUCCCGAUCUUUCAUUAUCAACUUCACACUUCUUCUUUCGAAAAUAUGAUUAACUUGAAAAAACACUGAACUUUAUGUGAUCUAGGUUCUUGCAAACCCAACUUUCAAAUGUAAUUGUUUGAUUAAAUUUGUGUUUCCUGCAGAAAAGUACAUAAAUAAAUGACUGUUGAACAAAUUAAGAAUACUUAACAGCAUUGCAUCCGAAAAGUAGUUACACUGAUUAAAUUUUCUGUCCUUGAGGAUUUUCAGGAAAUUACUUUUAAUCGCCAAUAACACAAUUAAGUAAACUACACGCACAUUAGCAUGAAUAAUUGAUAAGAAAUUAUGUAUUACCACGAAGUACUGAUUUAAUAAUUCAUGAAGCGACACAAGUGACUAUUGCCACACUAGAUAACGUGGAAUUCUUGUUUGAUGCUUGAGGCAAAGUGCAGUUACAGAGGGCGGAAGCUUGUUGUUUAUGAUGCAUGGUUUAACCUCUUUGUUUAAAAAAAUAAUAAUUAAUAAAGAUUAAAAGCAAUA